AAAUAUGGCUUAGUGAGCGUCUGGACUACGAUUUAUAUUUUCAAAGACAUUACAGAAUACUGAUCAACUUUCUAUCUUCACAGCCGAACCAAAUAUAGAGUAUCAAUUUGCAUCAUAGAGAAUUGUGAUUUAUUCAUGAUUUUUCUUCCUUUUGGAUUCAUCCAGGGGUUCACAUCCCCCUAUUAUGUUCAGAAAAUGGAAUGCCUAACUAUGUGAUAGGGGCUGCGCGUAAGAUAAUAGGCUAAUAUUAGAAUAAAAAGGAGCGUUUUUGAUCAUUUUCUAAUAUCACAAUGUCGGUGGCAUUUUCAUCGGCGCGUCCAAGAAGCAAAGGGGAGGUGACACAACAAACGAUACAAAAGAUGCUGGAUGAAAAUCACCAUCUGAUACAAUGCAUAAUGGAAUACCAGAGCAAAGGGAAAACAGCAGAAUGCACACAGUAUCAGCAGAUCCUUCACAGAAACCUGGUCUAUCUGGCCACGAUAGCAGAUUCUAAUCAGAACAUGCAGUCACUGUUACCAGCGCCUCCUACUCCUAACAUGGGCACCAUGGGUUCAGCAGGGAUGGGACAGAGUGGGGGCAGUGGGCCCCUACACUCCCAGAGUAACCUCAACGACGCCAUGACCCCUGGCUUGCCCCCCACCUCCAUGAUGCAGAGUCAAAUGAGUAAUGGCCCCAGCCACGCCCCCACGCAGCAGCAACAGCAGGCGGGUCAGACACAGUCGGCUGGGCCCUCCACGUCCCACAGCCUGCCGGCCAACAACCACGGCUCAGCCUCGGGCUAUGGCCACUCGGUGCCCCCUUCCUCCCAGGGCAGCUUGCUCCAGGGACCUGGCCCUGGCUACGGUUCCUCCUCUACCUCGUCCCGCAGCAACCUCAACAUGCAGUCAAACCAAGUCUCCAUGAUUCACCAGCAGUCAGCCACGCCUCAUUACUCCUCAUCCCAGACCGGGGGAGGCCAGCAGCACUACCAGAGCCAGCAGGCCGCCAUGGGCAUGUUGGGGCAGAGCGGACAAGGAAACAGCAUGAUGAACCAGAGGCCGAUGGGGACCUACCGACCCACACAGCAAGGAUCUGUACGGCAGUACAUUGGACAAGACGAUUUCUACGGAGAGCAGUACGGGCACACUCAGAGCUCCAGCGAGCCCAAAAAUCAGCAGUAUUACCCUGAUGGCCACAGCGAGUACUCCUAUCAACAGUCGUCCUACGGUGAACAGGGCUACGAUCGGUCCUUUGACGAGUCUUCCCAGCACUAUUACGAAGGAGGUAACGGCCAGUACAGUCAACAGCAGAGCCAGUACCAGCAAGGCUCAGGUCAACAGCAGUCCUUCAGCCAGCAGCAGUAUGUGUCACAGCAGGGUUACAGCGGACAGCCACAGGGCUACGGUCCGGGUCAGGGUGGGUCUUCCCAGUACUCCCAAUACCAGCAGGGUCAGGGCCAGCAGUACAGCUCCUACCGCUCCUCCCAGGCUGCCCCUGGGGCACAGACGCCGAGGUCCUACACCUACGAACAGGUACAGCUACCCCCAACCCCACGUUUUGAGGAGGACCGUGCUGUCCAACCAAACAUUGGGGUCAAUACGGAAACUACCAGCAAUAAGGUACAACCUCCUGGGCAAAGUGGCGGACCGGUUAGGCAAGGGAACAGUUCUGUGAAUAACCCUCAACAGUCGUGUGUAAACCAGUCUAUGAGUAAAUGAGUUAGAUUUAGCUCUGAAUUGUUUUAUCUUGCUAACACGCAGGUUAGAAGGCUAGUCAGAUUUAUUCCACCUGUUCACUAUUUAUCUAUCUGAGUAGAGGUGAGCCGGUUGGGAAGAUUAAGAAUAAAGUAUUUCUGCUUUCUCUCUAAGGAUUUGAACUUAGGGGGGUAUCCACUAUUGAAUCCCACCCUGCCUCUAAAUGUUGAAUGAAAGGUUCCUUUCCUGGUCUCUGUCCUUUCUGUCACCGUCCAUCUGGUUUCCACUUAUCUUCCAUUUCUGUGCUUGUCUUUCGCAGGGUGCACCAUACAAUUGCUGUCCCCUGUCUUUAAGAUUGUAAAUGUGCCAAUUAGGUCACACAAAUGAAAGUUGGUCACAUGAGACUGGGCUAAUGAAAUACAUUCUGCGUCUUUUAUCCAGCGCGUGAAGAAUAACUUAGCAUUAACUCUAGGUGAGAUAUAUCAUACUUUGAUAAGGUUAACGUUGGGUUUGUCAGUAUUGUUUAACCCGAUGUGUUCAGGUUGUGUUCGUCUCAAGAUGUGUGAAGUUGUGUAGGUCGGUGUGUGGUGUUACUGUUCUGUAUUACCACUUUGUCUGUGUAAGAAGAUUAGAAUCUUUAAAGUGACUUUAAAAAUCUUCCACCCUAGAUUUAAUUAUUUAUCCAUGCACAGUUUGUUUUAUUUAAUUCACGAUGUCUCAUUCUCUGUCAUGCACUUUUCAUUCAUGUAGUGUGAUUCAAGUUGUUUCUAAGAGAUUAUUUCUAAACAGCCAAAGUACAGUAACACUUAGGAAGUGGAUUUUAGAAUGUGUUUUGGCAAUCGGCACAACACUUUUUCAAUAUGUGCAAUACAGUCAGUCACUGGAGCAGAGGAUGAGAUUAUCUGUAGGCUUAAUAAUGGACUUGAAUUACUUAAUGUCCAUUGCUAGCUUUUGCUACCAUAAACUAUUGAGUCUUUAGCUUAUUAGGGUACAGAAAAGAAAAGUAUUAGCUUUGUGUUUAGUUGAGUACGUUAUCCAAAGUAUUAUUUUUGCCAAAUGUGUUUGGCCAAACCGUCUUAACCCAUGUAGAGGGACGUUUUGAAUAGUGUUUCGUUCUAACUAAUGUGAUGUGAUGGUAGCCUAUGCGUGAGUGCAAACUGAAUACAAUACAUGUUUGGUGUAUGUUUGCUGCAACAACAGUUUGUCAUCGCUUGCUUAAUUUACUAAAUUGAAGUGAUCAUGUACUGUAUACUGUGUGUUGAUUCAACGUCUUGUAGGCAACCAGCUACAAUGGGAUGUUCAAAAAUGUUUACAAACCUUUUCCUCUGAACUCACAAUUAGAAUGCAGAUGGUUGCGUUACAAUUGUAUGUUAAAUCAACUUUUUUUUGUUAUGUUCUAUAUUACAGUUUAUAUUGUUUGUUUUUUGUUGUUUUUUUGCAGUGGGGGCAGUCUCUAGCAGUGUUGUUGAAGACAAGUGUCACAUAGAUUAUUCCCUCAAACAGACUUGCCUUAUUAUUUCAAUAUCAAUGUGUAAAGAUCGAAAUAAUCUUUGUUGUUUUUAUUUACCUCAAUAUUGGAUUAUUUUCUGAAAAUCCAGUUUUGGUUUGUUGUAUAAGGCAAGGUAUCAGUAAUAUAACCCCUAUAAUUACCCUGGCAGUGUUACAAUGGAACUUCACUAUAUGGUGCUGAAGUUAUAUUCAUCUCAAAAGGGGACAGCACAACUCAUUACACUUCUACAGUAUGUUGCAGUUGGAAUCUACCUGAGGUAUCUGGCUGUCAAACAGCUCAAAGACUGUGUGUUAACUCAACUCUACAGUGACAAUCAUAAGGUGUGUGUCUGUGUGUGUGUUCAUGUUUUACUAAACUAGCGGAGACCAGAAAUCCCUACAAGAACAUUACAAAUGGAAAAAAUUGCUGAUAAGGAAAAAUCUUAUUUUGGCUUUUGGGUGAGGUUUAGACAAUUGGGGAUAGGGUUAGGACUUUGAGUUAAGUUUAGGCUAAAGGAUAGGAUUUAGGGUUAGAGGAAAAUGAUAAUUUGGAAGUAUUUUUUUACAAAGGCAGCAGCUUUGAGCACUGGACCACCCUAAGCCACUGUAAUAUUUCGGUUUCCCACAAGGAUAGUAAAAAGCGUGUGAGUGUGUUGCACAGCAUUAAUGGUUUGUUUGUGCAUAACCUAAUAUGAAUGUUAAGUUGUUUGUUCAUCUCUGCUGUCUUUUGUUACUGUUUAAUAUGUAAAAUAAAUUGACUUUCACCACUUG